CGAGGAGCAAAUCGGAUUGGCCGGGCCAUGCCGGUCGCAGCCAAUAGGAAAGUGGAGCGGUUACAGGUCGCGCGGUGGGAUGGAGGCGGAUGAGGCGCUGCUGCCGCCGCUGCGGGAGCUGGGGGUCCCUGAGGCGGCGGCGCGCCGGGCGCUGGCCCUGACCGGGAAUGUGUCCGCGGAGGCGGCGGCGCAGCUCUACUUCGGCGGCCUGGAGACGCAGGUUUCUUUUUCAGGCGCAGGUGGAUGGCGGCGGCGGCUGCUACAAGAUGGUGUUUGUGGUGAACACGGAGCUCGCCAUGGGCGUCGGGAAGAUAGCAGCCCAGGUCGGACACGCAGCUGUUGGCCUGUACCAGUUAAUACAAGAAAAAUCCACUGGGAGGGAGAUGAUCUGUCAGUGGGAUGAAUAUGGUGCGAAGAAGGUUGUAGUUCAAGGAUCAAACACUGCCCACCUCAUGGAUCUGCAAGCAUUGGCUUUGAGCCUGGAGCUGCCAACAUACCUGGUGCAGGAUGCAGGGAGAACACAGGUUCCAACUGGAUCAUACACUGUCCUUGCCAUUAUCGGAGAAGAAGAAAUAGUGAAUCAGGUGACUGGGAAGCUGAGGCUGUUGAACUGAGAGCAGCACCAAAGCCUAUUAUUUUGUGCUGUACCUGACUACACGCUGUGGAAUUUGAAAGCAACCUAUAUGCAAUGUGGAGAAAGAAGCACCUGUUAACAGCAUCUCAGGUCCUUCAGAGAGUCAUGGGAACCAGACAGCUACUCUCCUUUCUGCCUGCUGAAGCUGCAGGGGAGCAUGGUGCUAGGGUGAGGAGGCAGCUCUCUUCCUUUCAUUUGAGGGAGUCUGUCUUGCUAGACCAGGACUGUGAGAGGUAGUAUUGCUGAUCUACUGCAGGUGGAUUAGAGAGACUGCUGCACAUUUCCACCUCUAGCUUCCCUAGAAAUUGUCUUGGAAAAACAAGGCUUGUAUUUUCUGAAACGUGCUUAUGAACAAGAUGAAAUUCUGACAGAUGCCUUGCCUUUCCUUGAAGUCUCUGUGGUGAGCUUGUGGCUCUGUUAAUUCAUUGUGGCUUAUUAUUUUUGUGGGGGGAGAUGUAUGUCCUUUAAUCUUUCAUAAAAAUGGGUUUCAAAUAUUGGAUGAUUGAAUGACUAAGAACAUACACAGUUGUAUUAGGUAGGUUUAUGGGGGUCAGCUAGAUAUGACGGGAGAAUAAACCCUCCUGUUUCAGAGCUGGGAAGAAAUUUCCGUUAUGGGCAAGUUAUUCCAUAAUUGCCUUCUACAGGAAUUUCUUGCACUUGUGUAUCUGAGACUGGCCAUUGUCAGAGAGAGGAUAUAGGACUAAAUAAACCCUUGGUUUGGCAAUUCCUAUCCUUCUAAAGCCUAUUCUGGUAGUAUAAACUGAAUAGUGGCAGGGAUGCAAACUUGAUCUUGUUAUGAAAUGUACUGUUGAAAUUACUCUAGGUGAGGAAAAUGGGCAUUAAAUUAGGAUUAAUAUUUCACAUUCAAGAGGGGAGGGAGGUAAUUUUUUCCCCACCCCUAACAUCCUGCUUUUAGGUCUUGGUUGUGGUUUUGUAGCACAUGUGCUUUAGGUGGAAUUUCUAGUGAACUUUAUUUAAUCCAGUUGGUAGAAAAUAGCCCUGGGUGUUUUAGGCGACAGUAAUGGCUUUUAGUUGUGUAGGCUUGGCUGAUUGUCUGUCUAUAGGUACUGGCCCAUGGCAGCAGCAUCCAAGUUUGCAUGGUUCAAAUGUGUGUGGGUUUUUUUCUUUGCCCAUAACACCUCCAUUCCAAGUACACCGUGUACACAGUUCUGGAAUUGGAAGAGGUGAAACUGGCUGUCCCAUGAACUGGAUCUUACUACUGGUGGUCUGAACUUCCAAGACACCUUGUUUUUAAAUGUUACGUGUACUGAGGGCGGAAAGAAGCAGAGGCAUUGCUUUGUUGUUAGGCUUGUGACCAGAACCUGCUCAGACCUCCUGUAUUCCUAUGGAGAGGCUUU